CACCAGAACUCAAUCGUUGUAGAAACCUAACAAGACUUUAGAUAGAAGUAUUUUUUUUUUUAAUAAAUCGCUAAAGAAUCGUGAAUUUAAUAUAUAGUAGUUUUGCCCCCUUGAGCCCAAGGUGAGGCCACUUUUUGACCGGUCUUGCCCCACUGUCGCUGGUUGGGCGAACAGCUGUUUUGUUGGUUUCUCGGUCAAAUUUCGUGGUUAUACUUUAGCAACUUUUCCAUAAUUUUCACCAUCAUUUUCUGGCCGUUUAAGUGAUUGUUUAAAUGUGAAAAAUAAGAGUUUGCAGGCAAGAUUCUAUCGAGUGAAAAAGUGAAGAAAAGUAGCAGUAGCAGCGGCAAACGUUGGGAGUGUGAGGUGAAGUGAGGGGCGAUAUGUGUGCUUCGCUGGCCCCCUGGAAGCCACAGCGAUAUCCAAAUUCCCAGCUCGCCUUGUGAGAAACUCCCCAAAGAAAUCCAAAUCUUUGACCAAAUCCCAAUCGGAAUAAUGAGCCUCUGGCAGAACCUGCGCUCUUUGGAGACCCGGAAUCUGGACCUGGCCCUGGGCCAGCGGGAGAACCAACUGGUGGCUGGCCACCUGCCCGCAGCCAUCUUCCGGCAGCGUCUCAGUGCCGCAGAGAAUCUCUAUCAGCGCAACCUAACCGGUCACUAUGGCUGCGUGAAUGCCUUGGAGUUCAGUCAUGGUGGACAGUUCCUGGCCUCCGGUGGCGAUGACAAGCGUGUUUUGCUGUGGAAUAUCGAUAGGGAGGUGGUUUCCCAAUUGGGGAAACCCCGGUCUAUGAACGAGAAGCAUGCCAGCAAUAUUUUCUGUCUGGGUUUUGACAUCCAGAACUCGUAUAUUUUGUCCGGGGGAAAUGAUGAUUUGGUCAUCCAACAUGAUCUGCUCACUGGCAAACUCCUGAGUUACUUCUCGCACGAUGGCCCCGUUUACGGCCUCAGUGUGGACAGGACCAGUGGCCAUCUGUUCAGCGUGGCCACAGAGCACGGCGAGAUCCUAGUGUAUGACUUAAGGGUAGGCAAAUCCGAUCCAUUGGCCAUUGCCAAAUUCAGGACGCCCUUCAAUGCAGUGGAAUUUCAUCCAUUAAAUGGGAACUUUCUGGCCACAGCCAAUGCCAAGCGAGGAGCCAUGCUCUGGGACCUGAGGCAUCAUCAGCAAGCUCUAUGCCAGUACAAUUACAUACCGGAGACGCCCAGCUGCAUGAGUGUUCGGUUCAAUUGUAAUGGUACCUUGCUCCUGACCCUGCAUCGACGUCUGCCACCGAUCCUCUUUAGUCCUGGAUCACCAGAGCCUGUGGCCACAUUCUAUCAUGAUGAAUACUUCAACUCCUGCACCAUGAAGAGCUGCACGUUUGCGGGGCCACAGGAUGAGCUGGUGGUCUCCGGUUCGGAUAACUUUAACAUGUUCAUCUGGCGAAUGGAUGGAGUGGAUUUGGAGGAGAAGAACCAAUGGGUGGACACUCCACCGGUUAUCCUCACUGGCCACCGAUCCAUAGUGAACCAGGUGCGCUAUAAUCGUCAGCGCUGUCUGCUCGCCUCCUCGGGCGUGGAGAAGAUUAUUAAACUGUGGAGCCCUUUUGCCCAGCAGGGCUGGGAGGGAUCCCUUACCCAAGCCGAGGAGCUGCCCUAUUGCACUCGCGCUCUGCAUCGCAAUUCCUCGGAUCAUGUCUCCCAGGAUUUUAGUGCUCGCAACACUGACGAGGAUCAGGUGAUGUUGGCCUUCUUUGACACUCUGGUGCAGCGUGAGCUGGAGUCCUGGAGCACUGUGGAUAAUCAGAGCAGCUCCAGCAGCAGCUCGGAUACCUCCACGGAGCGCACUGAGCUCAGUUCGGCCACGGAGGAGCCCAGCGAUGAGGAACGCGAGGAUCAGGAUCAUCUUAAUCAUGAACAUCCAACGACCAAUGAUCAGGAGCAGGAUAAUGAGCAGGACAACGACACGCCCAAUGUGAGUGAACUUAGCUGGCAGACUCAUCCCAAUCGAAUAUUCUACCUAAUCGCCAAGAAGCGGCGGGCUCUGCUCCAACUGGCGGUUAGGGGCACCACUGGACAGACCCGCGGCGUGGACCAGCUACUCCAGCGGCUGCUUGGCGAGCAGAAGCAGGCGGCCACACAGACUCGGAUCAGUGAUUGGUUGGAGGAGACACAUCGCCUCUUUGGGGACGAUGAGCUGCCCACCACAUCGGCGGAGGCGGCAGCCAGAGAGCAGGGUCGUCAAACUGCCAGGAGUCCUCGCAGGACACAAGAACUGAAAGCAGUUGACCCACUGCAGUCCACCCUCGCGCCAAGCGGUCGCAAGCGAAAGAAGUUGCAUCAGCGGGUUGCAGUUCUGAAACACAAACGUACUAAUCAUCGGCAACUUCCUAGAUCCCAGCCAGACAACGAUAGUGUCCACUCCAAUGACUCUGAAUACCUGGAAGAGGAGGAGGAGGAUGAGGCACACAAUAGCAGUGACGGAGACGAGGAGGAGCCAACCAUAGGGGAUAAUAAUAACAACAACCAUAAUGCUCAUGACGACGAGGAUACCUCCAGUACCAGCAGCAGUGGCAGUAGCACGUGCAGCAGCAACACCACCACAUCGAUGACCUCCAUGGAGGCGCAAUUGUCUCAGGCUCCCAGCACAUCCAAUUCGUUUCCCUUUCUAGCGGAACCGGAGGCCAACAAUAAUAGCCAGCUGACUUCCAAUCACAAUCACCAGCCCAAGAGUGUCGUCAAUGGUCUGGUUCCGGAUAUGUGCAACACGGAAUCGACUGCUUCCACUACAUCUUCGUCCAUGUAGUCUGUGGACACCAUACACAUAAACAUAUUACAUUUAAGCUAUGGUACAUACCAGCUUCUUUAGGCUAAACUUUCAUUUUUGAUAAGAGAUAAAACACAUAGCUGUCCAUCGUUCUAUUCGGAUCUCCCUUAAAACCACACCACACACAUCAAACAUAAGGCAUAGCUUUCAUGGAAAGUAUUAAUUACUGAAAGGUAGGGAUGCAAGAAUAUGUAUUAAUUCGAUAAUUUCUUUAUAUACCGGACUCUUAUAAUCGGUAAAUAAAUAAAUUAGGUAAAGAGUUUUGGAAUAUUUAUAAUUUUAUCGCCAAAUACCAAAUAGUACUCUAUAUUUCAAAGUUUUCUUUCGAUACUAAACCAAUAUAUUAACUGCGAUAUAUGGACCAUAAAUUUGUUUAUCAAAUUUUUUUUCAUUUUAAAAACCUUUACUUCCGAUAUUUAUCAAAAUUUACAAUGAUAUGUCAAAAAAUUAAACUUGUUCAUCCCUACCCAACGGUAUCAUCAUCACGUAACCUUUUUUAUACUCUCAUUUUGCAAAUAAAUCAUGUGAUUUAAAGGUUUUAGAAACUCAAAAUACAAUCAGAACCAUUUGUUAAUAAAACAAAUUAAAAUCAA